CCAAAGGAGAGACCUGAAGCCGAGAGCCACUCGUGUCCAUGUUGCAGCCAUGGCGUCAGCCUGGUGCCUCCCACAUUGCCCCGAGGUGCACUUGGCAAGCGCAGUCCAAACUGCCCCAGAUGACAAGGGCCAGCAAGGGAGCCUUGCUCGCGGCCUUGAGCCGCUGCUUCCCAGUUCGGCCCCGAGAGCCCCGGCAGAUGGCAUGCCGUGCCUUUGAGCAGCGAACGAUCUGCGGAACAGAGACUGCACCGCACGGUCCCGAUGACCGGUUCUGGGAUCAAACCAACGACGAGUCCAUUUCUCAAAUGCACUCGAUGUCAAAGUUUGCCGCUGCUGACGUUGCGCUCUCGGGUCAAAAGCCGCCGGAAGCAUUUGUGGACGUGGCAUCAAGCACAGGCUUGAAGAACUCGGGCAAGAAUGUGAAUCAAGGCCAGCGGUCACUGCAGCUGCACGAGACUUUCCAUACUCAUGAAGCACCUGUACGACCUUAUGCUGUCACCUCGUGGUCUACCUCAUGGACUACCACCACAACAUCACCUUCUACAUCCUCCACAUCCACUUCCUCAUCAAAUACCUGUACGACCUCAUGAUGUAUGACCUCAUGAAGUACCUGUACAACCUUAUGCUAUACCACCUCAUGAAGUACCUGUACGACCUCUGCCUCAUGGACAUCACCUUCUACAUCCUCCACAUCCACUUCCUCAUCAAGUACCUGUACGACCUCAUGAUGUAUGACCUCAUAAGUACCUGUACGACCUUAUGCUAUACCAUUUCAUGAAGUACCUGUACGACCUCAUGCUGUACGACCUCAUGAAGUACCUGUACGACCUC